CUGGUUCACAAGUUAACAAUAAAAGCGAAUCAACAGUGACUUCAUGAAUCAACUCUCCGACCCACCUUCGUCACGUUCCCCUCCAAUCUCUCUCUCUCUCUGAUAUGACACUAUAAAACACACUCUCUCAUUCUCCACGAUACAUCGCACUCGUUUAAGUAAGCAUCAUCAUCAUCCUUAUCAUCAAGAAAGAGAGAAAAUGUCGGAUUGGGGACCGGUGCUAGUUACGGUGAUACUCUUCGUGAUGCUUACGCCAGGGCUUCUGUUUCAGUUGCCGGGACGACAAAAGUACGUUGAGUUUGGUAAUUUUCAGACAAGCGCUGUCUCCGUUAUCGUCCAUUCUCUUCUCUACUUCUCCCUUGUUUGCGUCUUCCUUCUCGCACUCAAGAUUCACAUCUACAUCGGCUAAUUCAUUAGUUUCAUCCCUCUCUGCGCUGUGUUUUCCAAGUUUUCUUUAAAAACUAGUUAACCUUAAAUCAUUUGUUCAAUAUUUUAAUUCCAAAUGCUCUUUCCCAUGGUCCAUUAAUCCUUUGUAUCGAUCGGACCCUUUUGCUUUAAUUAUGUGUUUACCUUUUCUCUUCUUGUAAACACAAAUACUAUUAUGUUUUAAAAUAAUCAUUGCAUUAA